GUCUCGCGUCAGGGGUCACAUGACCCGGAAGCUGUGCUCUUUAAUUCCUGUCCUGGAUCGCUCGCAGCUGCUCAGACUUUGCACGUCGCGGUGCAAACUCGCCGUCUUCCUCCGGGCGGACCCCCUGCAGAGAGCACCAUGUGAAGCUGCCAAACAAAAGUGUUUCCUGUCCGCAGACCACGCCUUCGUGACGCUGGCCACCAACGACAACUACGCCAGAGGAGCCAUGGUUCUGGGCCAGUCUCUGCGGGAGCGCCACACCGCCAAGAAGCUGGUGGUCCUCAUCGGGCCGCACGUGGCAGAACCUUGCAGAGAAGUGUUGCGCGCCAUCUUCGACGAGGUGCUGCUGGUGGACGUGAUGGACUCGGGCGACGCGGCCCACCUGGCCCUGAUGAAGAGACCCGACUUGGGCGUGACGCUGACCAAGCUGCACUGCUGGACGCUGACGCAGUACAGCAAGUGUGUGUUCAUGGACGCAGACACCCUGGCGAUGACCAACGUGGACGAGCUCUUCGAGCGAGAAGAACUUUCCGCGGCGCCCGAUCCCGGCUGGCCCGACUGCUUCAACUCGGGCGUGUUUGUCCUGCGGCCGUCCGAAGAGACGCACGAAAAGCUGCUGGCCUUCUGCCACGACCACGGCAGCUUUGACGGUGGCGACCAGGGGGUCCUCAACUCUUUCUUCAACAGCUGGGCCACAGCUGACAUUUCUAAGCACCUCCCCUUCCUCUACAACCUCAGCAGCAUCGCCAUCUACUCCUACCUGCCCGCCUUCAAACACUACGGCGCCGACGCCAAGGUGGUCCACUUCCUGGGCAAGACCAAGCCCUGGAACUACACGUACGACGGCCAGAGCGGCCAAGUCCUGGGCCGCCCCGAGGCCUCGGACUCGGGCCGCCUGCAGCCGGACUUCCUGCAGGCGUGGUGGCGGCUGUACGCCACGGCGGUGAUGCCGCUACUGCAGCGAGCCUACGGGGACACGCCCUUCCACAGCGGCGUGUUGGAGGCCGGAGAAGACGGUGAGCUGCGGCAGGACCAGGGGGAGGAGCCAGCUGCCGCCUCCUCCGCCGCGGACGCCGCCUCCCCUCCCCCCUCCUCCUCCUCCUUCCCCGCCUGCCGCCACAUGUCCUCCGAGGAGAGGAAGCAGCGCUGGGAGGCGGGCGAGAUCGACUACAUGGGCGACGACUCCUUUGUCAACAUCGAGCGCAAGCUGGACGCCUUCCUCAAGUAGCGGCGGCGCCUUGACGGACAGAGGACCCGCCCCCCAACCCCCCCCCCAGCUAAUCGAUAAUUACAAGAUUGGCCUCACUAACUACAAAAACACUUAACAUUAACUUAAGCGCGGUCAGGGAGAUGCUAACAACUCACAAGGAGGGGGCUGCAUAGCAUGCUGCUUUUUGGCUGGUUGCCUAGCAACUGCUAAGGGGGUGGGGUAAAAAGUUGAUGACGGUAAGAGUUUUAGAAAGUGAAAGGUUUGUUUUUUUGUCUCCCUAGAAUGUCAAAGUAGCACAACAAGUUCCUCUUCCCGCUUUAAUGUGUCAAAGCAGACGUUUUCCUGCACUUUUUUUCUGUGAUUUGUGACGCUCCAGUCAAGCCCUGUCAUCCCCCAACACCCACCUCCGGCUGCCUAACUUUCUACCUUUCCACGCCACACCUCGCGCCUUGUAAACGUGCUCGCACGCCCCCAGGGAAAUGUAGCAGUGGAUCACUGGAUUGCAAAUAAAAGGACUAAAAUAUCACCAAAA